CUUGUGGAAUUCAUUGGGCGAGAUGUCCUCUCCCUGUGCAUCCUGGCCUUCCACCUUGGCCUUGACAGCCUCUCUCGGCGGCUUCGCAGCUUGCUUUGCAGCCUUCUCUGCGUCUCUCUCGCGCUGCUUCUUGCGCUUCUUGAACUCGCUCUUGGAUACCAUCUCGCCUGUCACCUCAUCGAGCUGCAGAUUCGCCUCGUUGGCGGGGGCCUUGUCGCCUGUUGCCAGGGCCUGCACCUUGUCUGUGACGGCGGCCACUGCCUCCUUGAUCUGAUCCGCCAUCUGCUUGUCUAAGGCUCGAUCUGUUCACCGUGUUCAUUGCUUGUCGAUGUCAGGAAAAGAAAUGUCGGCUCCAAGCAGUCACGGCGCACGACCUCAAACCAGCACAGUACAGCUAUAGGUGUUUCGAGAAGGAGACAUGGCAGAACUCACGCUGGCCCUCAAGGGUAAGCCCUUUGCCUAUGCUCCAUACCUGGUGGCUAGCUACGCCAAUCUUGUCGAGGCAGACAGCGUCAAAAUUGAUCUCGCAGACAAGGCGCUCUUGGAAGAUGGCAAGAAGGACUCAACUGCAUCGCUGCAAUCCAGUGGUAGCACGCACAAGGAUAACAAGGCUAUCCUGACUGCAUUAUCUCAAGCAUUUCCCAAAAUCUCGAGCAAGCAAGAUGAAGAAUGGAUUGACUUUGCCCUGACCAAGCUGUCGGGUGAUUUCAAACAAAUUGCUCCAGCUCUCGGGGAGAUGGAAGAUCAUCUGGCACUCAGGACAUACUUUGCAGGCUACAAAAUCACUGUGGCGGAUUUGGCGGUGUGGGGAAUCCUCCGUAGCCUGCCUAUUGCAAGUGGUGCCGUGCGUAAAACCUAUGUCAACCUGGGUCGAUGGUUCCGUUAUCUGGAGGCUCUCCCAUGGGUCACCUCUGCUCUCGCUUCAAUGACCUCUGCAACUGUCGCUGCCAACAAGAAGACCAAGGAAGCCGAUAAGCUUGCCUCUGGUAAAAAGUCCAAUGUUUCAAGCGCCAGCUUCGAGAUUGGUCUGCAGGAUGCUGAGGACGGCAAAGUCGUGACACGUUUCCCCCCUGAGCCCUCUGGUUACUUACACAUUGGUCAUGCCAAAGCUGCAAUGCUCAACCAGUACUUUGCCCAACGCUACAAUGGCAAGCUCAUCAUUCGAUUUGACGACACCAAUCCAACAAAGGAGAAGCAAGAGUUUGAAGAUUCCAUCAUUCAGGAUCUCAAGCUGCUCGGCAUCAAGGGUGAUGUCUUGACCUACACAUCAGACCACUUCCAGACACUCUACGACUAUGCUGUGCAGCUCAUCAAGCAAGGUGACGCCUAUGUCGACGACACAGCACAAGAGCUGAUGCGCGAUCAGCGUAUGAAAGGCGAAGCCUCUGUACGACGUGAGCGGACUAUUGAGGAGAAUUUGCAGCUCUUCACAGUUGAGAUGCGACAUGCCUCUGAUAUCGGCAAGUCCAAUUGUCUGCGUGCCAAGAUGUCGGUUGACAACCCAAACAAGGCCAUGCGAGAUCCAGUUAUCUACCGUGUCAAUGAGACAACGCACCACCGUACUGGCUCAGCAUGGAAAAUUUACCCAACGUACGACUUUUGCUGUCCGCUGGUCGACAGUAUCGAAGGUGUAACUCACGCAUUGAGAACAAUCGAGUACCGAGACCGUAACCCUCAAUACGAAUGGUUCCUUGAGAAACUCAACCUCCGCAGAGUGCACAUUUGGGACUUUGCACGCAUGAACUUUAUUCGGACACUGCUUUCGAAGCGUAAGCUGCAAUGGUUCGUGGACCAAGGUCACGUCGGUGGCUGGGAUGAUCCGCGCUUCCCUACUGUGCGGGGUGUGCGUCGUCGUGGUAUGCAAGUGGAUGGCUUGCGUGAAUUCAUCCUCUCGCAGGGACCUUCCAAGAACAACAACAACCUGGAGUGGUCCGCUAUUUGGGCGACAAAUAAAAAGUCUAUUGAUCCUGUUGCCCCACGGCAUACGGCUAUUGCUGGUGCCGUCAAGGUUGCUAUCCUGGGACGCGGCGGAGAGCCUACCAGUAGCCCGAUUCCAAAGCACAAGAAGAAUCCAGACCUUGGCACAAAGACGACUUGGUACUCCAAUGAAAUUUGUAUUGACCUUGAGGAUGCACUCACCCUCACAGAAGGUGAGGAGCUGACACUCAUGGACUGGGGAAAUGCCUUCGUUACGAGGCUCAUCAAGACUGAUGGUGCUGUGCAGGAGCUUGUCAUGACAUUGCAUUUGGAGGGCGAUUUUAGAAAGACGAGCAAGAAGCUGACGUGGCUCUCCACAUCGCCUCAGCCAGUCGCUGUGACGCUUGUUGACUUUGACCAUCUCAUCACCAAGGAGAAGCUCGAGGAAGGCGACGAUGUCAAGGACUUUAUGACCAAGGAGACGGAGUUCAAGACUGAGGCUGUCGCAGAUGUUAAUGUCAAAGAGUUGAAACAUGGCGAAGUCAUUCAAUUUGAGCGUAAGGGAUACUUCAUUGUAGACGAGCCCUACGAGAGUGACGAGAGACCGAUUGUCUUCUUCAACGUUCCAGACGGAAAAGCAGUUAGCCGCUACGGCGCCAAGCAGUAAAUCUA